UUUCCUGGGGAUAAUGUGGACGAGGAAGUGAGCUCGCCCGAGUGGGUUUCCAACGCCUUCCGCCAGAACUCGAUCCGAUGACGAGAGGAACUAGAAAAAGAAGACAGCGCCGAAGUUAAUCAAGAACGUUUCCGAAGGGGAGCACGUGAAUUUAGAGUGAUGAGUGUAUUUUGUGGUUUUGUUGUGUAGAUGACAGUUGCGUCGAGCGUUGAGAGUGAAGUGAAUACCAUGUGAUCAAAAUCAAACAUCAGCUGGAACAAUGCCACUCAUCUCGAAAUUCAAAGACAUCUUCAAAGGUGGCUCAUCUGCAAAAAAGAAAAAACUCUUCCACAAUGUGCGGCUUGAUAACCCAGAAGACUUUUGGGAUAUCAUAGGAGAAUUGGGUGAUGGAGCCUACGGAAAAGUUUACAAGGCUAUACACAAGGAGACAAAGCAGUAUGCUGCCCUCAAGCAGGUGGUGCUGGAAGCAGAAGAAGACCUUGAAACAUUCAUGAUUGAGAUUGACAUCCUCUCAGAAUGCAAACAUGAAAAUGUUGUUGAACUACUUGAAGCUUAUCAUUUUGAUGGGAAACUUUGGAUGUAUCUUGAGUAUUGUGAUGGAGGUGCCAUGGACUCCAUUAUGGUAGACUUGGACAGACCACUAACAGAACCUCAGAUAGCUUAUGUUUGUAAAUAUCUCUGUAAAGCACUAGUAUACAUACAUAGUAAUAAGGUGAUCCAUCGUGAUUUGAAAGCGGGUAAUGUGCUACUAACCAUGGAGGGUGGAGUGAAAUUAGCUGAUUUUGGAGUGUCUGCCAAAAAUAAAAACACAUAUGACAAAAGAGGGACAUUCAUUGGAACUCCUUACUGGCUCGCACCAGAAGUCAUUCUUUGUGAAACUUUUAUUGAUGCCAAAUAUGAUUACAAGGCUGAUGUAUGGUCACUUGGUAUAUCGUUAAUAGAGUUUGCACAGAUGGAUCCGCCAAAUCAUGAAGUCUCACCCGUCCGUGUUAUGCUCAAGAUCCAGAAGUCUGAACCACCCAAGCUUGACUAUCCAUCCAGAUAUUCCAAGGAGUUCAAUGACUUCAUUGCCAAGUGCCUUACAAAGGAUCCAGCUCUUAGACCAAGUGCUACUGAACUUUUGAAGCACCCAUUCAUUGACAGAGAAGUGGAUGUGAAGUAUAUUCGUGACCUGUUGUUAGAGUACAAAGCAGAGGUUGUUGAGGAAGAUGUUGAGGAUGAUGCAGACGAUCAGCGCACUUCCCGGCAUAGUCAAGAUGAUUCUAGUCAGGACUACACCUUCCCCAUUAACUCUGCCAAUACCACUAAAGAUCAGGAGACCAACAACAAGGAGAGAAUUGAAGAAGAGAAACCUCCUAGCCCACGGAAGGAGGAAAAGGAGGUGGUGCCACCAGUCCCAGGUGAGCGGCGGCUUUCUAAGGGGCCAGCUCCCUCUCCACCAGUUACCGGCAGUCCAGCCAGCACACCCACUUCUAGUGCUUCCUCUACACCCUCUAAGAAAGGCCCUGCACCAGCUGUCCCGGCUAGCACCAUCUCCUCUAAACCUAGAGCUCCAUCACCAGUGGAUGCGCCUUCAGAUGGCCUUGUAGCAGACCCUGUAGUUAGCACUCCCAUCAACACCAGUAAACAGGUGACGAGCACACCCUCAGGGAAGGGCCCAGCACCCAAACCUGCGCCUAUCUGUGAGAGUCCCGUUCCGAAGGAGAAACCUCCACCGACAGUGUCCAUGGCAGACAUUCCAGAUCAGAAAUACGUAAGCGAGAAAGCUGAAAGUCAGCCUAUUGCAUCUCCUGUUGUUGAAGAGAAGAAAACAGUGGAGGAAGAAAAAAUGGAAAUAGAUGAGAAGGUCCAUGUAGAACCACAUACUCAAAAGCCAAAGAAAGGAUCUGAGUUAGAUGUUGUUGAUAAUUUAUCACAGAAGAGUAGUGUAUCAUUAAUCAAGGAGGAACAGACUGUUAGUGAGCUAGUAACCACAGUCCCAAAAGCAGCUUCCACAAUAACACCUGAGCCGGAUAAAGUUAAAGUAACUGAUGAAAAACUUAGCGAUACCCAACAGAAAGAUAACUCAGCACCAUUAGUUCAUAGCACAGAAAUCGAAGCAUUCCCUGUAUCACCUGUUAUGUACUCUCCAAUAGUUCCUUCAGUAGAAUCACAAGGCAAUAGACAAGAUACCGAGAAGAAAGACAACUCCAUAAGUGAUUCCCAAGUUCCACAAGUAGCGUCAGUGCCAGCUCCUGUGUCAUUGUCCCCAGAGCCAGCUGAAACUAUCAUUGCCUCUAUAGGCAGUGAAGGCACAGUAAUUGUCCGCACCCCAACCCCAACCCCACCAGAACCAACACAAAGCCAGCCAGUAAAGAAAGAAAGCAUUGUUACUUACUCUGGUCCUGCCAUUGUCGAUGAGGGUUUACAGGAGGGAGGAGAACAACAGCCAUCUGUGGAUAUGAUAGAACCAAUUUCCCACACGCCGCCUCCUUUGUCUCCUUCUCUGUCAGAGGCAGAGGAACAAGCAGUUCGCAUCCUUGAGUCUGCAAUUGAGAGCGCCGUAGAAACUGCAUCAAACAGGAGUUCACAGGAUGAAGGGGAGGAAGCCAACGUGACCCUUGCAGGUACCUCAGUGAUACUUACUCCAGACCAUGUGGAGGAGGAGGAGAGCCCAGUUUUGGUGUCAGCUGUCCAAGAUAAAGAUGAAGGUGUGGUGGAAGUUCAAGUUAUCACCAAUGAUGGCCAUAAGCUUGAUGAAAGUGAAGUUGUGAUCUCUAAUUCUUCCAUACUAACAAAUGAUGCAGACUCCCAGCCAGAAGCUGCCUCAAAAUCACGUUAUGAGAUCACCUUGGAAGAAGUCGAAGAUGUGGGUGUUGCAACACGUGCCAAGAAUGUAAAUGACACCACACACAUCUCUGUAGUAGCUGUAGAUGACUUAGCAGAAACAACAGACUUGCCAAAACAGACGCCAACCAAAGCACAGGAGGCACCUACCUGGUCUGUGUCAGAGCAACAGACAAACCCCACCAGCAAGUUGCCAGGUCAGAAUGAAAAUGACAACCAUGGACAUCUUGAGACUUCUUCUAAUAUCUCAAAUAUGUCCAAUCUCAGUGCAGGAACUCCAUCAACUGGUCGAUCUGUCAGUUCAGCUGAAGAAGAAAACAGACCUACUAUGUCACUCCUGAUUGAAGGAACCACUGUAGGGGCAACAGAUGUGGAUGAUGAUGUGUUUGAUCAUUCAGAACAUAAUGAAUCAAAAACUCCAAAGGAUAACCAAACUAGACCAGUGUUGGUUAGAGAAUCAACUGUGGAAAGUGAGGUUUCCAUAGAAUCAGGCUUCUCCACAGGUUCUACCCUUUCUACCCCCACGCACCAAAACAUUCCUACACGUAACAGUACCACAGUAGCAGGAUCCCCUGGUUUGAAGAUUUUACCCAAUGGUAUAGGAAAGGACAACCAUAAAUCAUCAGAGAAGUCGGAUUGGGAUAAUGUAAGUACAGCCAGCUCUGAGAAGGAGAACAAACCACGUGAGAGAGAGGAGGAGCCAGCAGAGGAAGUGGUACUCCGAAGACCACCAGCUGGAGACAAACAAGAUGUUGCUCUCAAGCCUGUUGAUAAGAAUAGGGAAAACAGAGCUGCUCGAACCAAAGAGGAGAACGAUUUAGUGGCACUUCGCAAGAAGACAAGGAAACGUACUAGGAAAUUUGUGAUUGAUGGUGUAGUUGUCACAACCACCACCAGCAAGGUAAUAUAUGGGGAUGAUGAAGAUGGCACACUUUCAUCUGGACACUUAGCAAGAAAACAGGAACUGCGUGAGUUGAAGAUUCUGCAAAAGCAGGAACAAAAACAGUUUCAAGAAUUGGCAGUGAAGGCAAACUUCGCAAAGAUUGAACAAGAGAAGAAGUUUGAAGCAGAGAAACAACAGCUGCUUCGGGGAUAUGACACAGAAGUUGAAGCAUUGAAUAGACAGCAAAAACAACAGGUGGAAAAGGCCGAAGCCCAGCAGGAGAUCGAGCUAAAGAAUGCCAGCAAAAAGAUCCGGGCAGAACAAGAGCGAGAGCUUAAGGCUUUCAGGGAAUCACUAAAGACUGAGUUGAAGCUCCUAAAGCAAGAAAUUGACCUGCUUCCCAAAGACAAGCGUAAAGAAGCCUUCAAAACUCGUAAAGAACGAUUAGAUCAUGAACAAAGUGAGAGAGAGAAGAGUUUCCUUGAACGACUUAAUGAAGCUCAUGAGAUGUCACUGAAGAGACUAGGUGAUGACCACCGUGAAAGGAUUGCUCUCCUUGAGAGACAGUUCCUACAGCAGAAACACCAGUUACUAAGAUCCAGAGAGUCUGCACUUUGGGAGAUGGAAGAGCGCCAUCUCCAUGAGAAACACCAACUUGCUAAAAGACAACUCAAGGAUAUUUUCUUCCUUCAGAGACAUCAGAUGCUUUUGAGGCAUGAAAAGGAAUUGGAACAAGUAAAACGAGUCAACCAGCAGAAGGAAGAAGAACUGAUUAAGAGGCAGCAGAUUGAAAAGAGGCAGUUACCAAAGCGCAUCCGUCAGGAGAUGAAAGCUCGUGAGCUGAUGUUCCGUGAAAGCAUGAGAAUAAGCACCACUCAUCUUCCAGACUCUCAUGAUGAUGAGAAAGAUAAGAUUAGGAAGUUCCAGGAGAACGAGAAACGCAGAUAUGAAGCGGAGAAACGCCGUGCAGAACAGAAGCACAAGCAUAAGUUGGAAGAGCUUCAGGCAGCCUCAGAAUAUGCCACCAAAGAAUUGGAACAACUACAAAAUGAGAAACGCAAAAUGCUGAUGGAACAUGAGACUUACAAGUUGAAAUCUCAGGACGAGGAGUAUCAGCGAGAAGUCAGAGAGUGGAAAGAGAAUCUCAAGCCUCGCAAGCAGGGACUGGAGAAGGACUUUCAUGCUGAUUGGAUCUUUGCACAGAGAACACAUCUAGACUACCAGAAACUUGAAGAAGAAUUUGAGAAGCAGUUAAAUGAGCAGGAGCAGUUCUAUGGAGCUUACUUGUGCCGUGGAUUAAGUGCCAGCGUCACCCCAUCUCAGUCAACCUCUAGCCUUGCACGUUCAAAUGCUUCAUAACUUGCUCAUUAUAUGGAUGUUUUGUCUUGAGUAAGAACUUUCAAGAACAUUUGUCUGUUUACAUAAGUUACUAUGGAAGCAGUGAUUUUCUGAAAAUUAAAAAAAGAAAAAAAAAGAAAGAAAAAAAAAAGAAUCACAGAAAGUGGGAUCAAUUUUUUUGUAAAUACAAGUAAUUACAGUAUUUUGAAGCUGAAGCCAUCAAAGCAUCCACAUAAACCCUUUGCCUGGGAGUGAGUAGACACAACUAGACGUAACUUGUGAGAGAAUCCUCCAUCUCUUAGUUUUAUAGUGCGAAACUGAAUCUUUUAUAAGCCACCUGUUAUACAUUGCAGAUUUCCCUCUUGUGUUAGUUUGCUGUAUUUAAGAUGAGGGGAAAACAAAAGAAAAAUAGAAUCCUGUGUUUUGCCUGCUUAGCUAUUAUAUCCUUAAUUUUUUGUGGAAUGAUAUAUAUUAUUUUAUAUAAAGGCAGAAUGGGGAGGGAGUCACAUUGUGGUAACAAAGUACAUUUAAAAAUGUAUUAUGCUAAGCCUUAUUAGAGAUCAGUAUUGUUAUUUUUUUAUUUUACUUUUUAAAUUAUUUCUUACUGAUUUUCAAUGUUUAAUGACAAUCUCAUAACUUUGAGAGUGAUUAAUUUCCAUGCUGAUAUCAGUGCAAAGUCUUUAAAAGCCACUGAACAAAUAACAUUGUCCUCAGCAAAAGUUAAUAUAAGAUAUGCAGGUAUUUACAGUUUUGAAACUAGUCUUUAGAUGCAUAAAUGUAUUGGUAUUUUUUUUUUUUUUUCUUAAUUUGCUACUGGAAGUCAACUUUUUUCAGUAUCUGAAAAAAAUGUGAAUAAUAUUGCCAUUGCAAAAGUUGCUUUAAAAGCACUAUUUAUUUGCAGUUAACAUAAACAGUUCGCACAAUAUCAUAGAUUAUGAAGUUCUAAACGGCAGAAGUAAGGGAAGUAAAGCUCAAACUAAUCACUCAAGGAUUUAAAUUCUUGAGGUUCUUUGCAGUUCGUCAUUGUGCUAUCAAGAUUCAAAGACCAACAUGAGAACUCAAGAACUUGUUAUGCAACCCACUGUGUAAAGUGAUAAGUCUUGUGUUAAGUAAAUGAAACAGUAGAAGACAACUAAAUUAUAUCUGAUUAAAUUACUAUUUUUAUUUUGCACAUAUCAACUUCUAAAUAAGUGCAUUUACAUAUAAGGAAGGUCUGUGUGUUUUGAAUUACUAAAUAAAAGUGGUCACAACAUUAAUGAUAAAACCACCUUUUCUGGAAAGUGUCAAAUAUUAGCCUUAAAUUAUAUUUUUUAAUCAUACUGUCAAAAUAAUGGAAUUGCUUUGAUUUAGCUGGCCCUGUACAAUUUUGAUGCAGUGUAGAAACUUGUACAGCUCCUGUACAUAUAAGAAAGCUUGGAUUGUUCAUUAUUUAGAUAAUAUGACUGUCACUUAUAUAUGAACAGACAUUAAAAUUAAGAUUGUAUGGAGUUUCAAUUUGCUUCACAUUCUUAUGCUGGAUAUUCAUAGAAAAUAAAUUGUAAGAUUAAGAAACUUGCGUGCAGUAGAUUUCCAUGGCUGUUAUGGGAAUGCAAUAAAGUCACAGUUGCGCAAUUGAUUCACAAAGCUUCCAUCUACAGAUAACAUAAGUUUGAGGGAAAGUAUAAAGUGCUCAGAAGUCUACAGUCUAGUAUUAUGAAUAUAUGUUUGCUAGAAUGGUAAAAUAUUAAUGAAGCACUUAGAAUAAUUUUUUUUGGGGUAGUAUAUUUUCUAUUGUAGAUAACUUGAUUCUUGUAUGCAGUAUAUCUUUAGGGAAAUGCACAUAAACUUUCAAAUUCCUUUGCUUAAAAUUCAUUAUACCUGAAUGCAGCACAUAACGUCCAUUUAGAAAUGAUAUUACCAGCCAGAUUAGAGAUUUUGUUUAGCUUUUAUAAAUUUUGAGAGCUUACCUUGUUUCAGAAGCUUUGAUAUAUACGGCAGUGCUAAUUUGGAGUGUGAGCAGUUUUGGUUAAGAGAUAAAAUAAGGAAGAGUCACUAUCAACCAUUCAUGGAGUAUGAUUCGAGAUGGUUUCCAUUACCACCUUCAGUGUUUGUGUUGGAUGCUGGAUGGUUGCUUAUCAUUGUGAAGUUGGUUACUGUGUUAGACACUUAAUGUGAUGUAAGGAGUAGCCUAUGUAGUAAGAAAGAAAAUGAUGUGAUGGAUAUAUAUAUUUUUUUGCAUAUGCAGAUAGGAUUUCUUAUCUUUAAACUUUAGCUAUGGUAAACUAGUAAUGCCAUGGUAUUUUGCAUCGAAAAAUAUUAGGUCCAGUUUUCAUUUCUUGGACUAGCGUUACCUCUGCCUUUACCUAAUCCCAGUCACUCAUACUUUGUACUUAGAAUUCAUUCAUUGACCUUUAACAAAGUAUUUGUAUUAGUCAUUCGAAUAAGAAUCGAGUGGCUCUUUCAGAAUUUUAUGUGCAUAUUUAAUAUAAGUAAACAUAUUUUAAACUUUACCAAGUCAAAGGGAAAUAUUUUUUGUAAAGUCUUUAUAUUGGGAACUGUGGAACUAUUCCAUCCUGUCUGGGUCAAAACUAACUUUAACCCCAUGCCUAGAAUUUGAUUCCCAUUUAAGUUGUAGAACCCCUGUGUGAAUUAUGAUUCCCUCUAUUUUAUAAUUUUCUUGCUUGUUUUGAAGUGAUCAAUAAGAUUUUACAUUGAUGCUGUAAAGUACUUUGUAAGGUCUUAGUAUUGACUAUAUUAUGUUCUUACACAUUAUUGUCCAUUUUAGGACUUGCGGACUAUGUAAAAACCUGUGUAAGGUAAUUUACAAUAUAUACUUGUUGACAAUUAUAAUGUGUAAAAAAUAAAUGCUUUAUUAAAAUUA